AUGGCAACCGACGUCGCCCUGCUACUGCUAGAUAUGGAGGCCGCCAAUCAGACCGCGAAGCUAUCCUCAAAUCGAAGGCUUGCCAAAAGUCUUGCCACUUUUCAAGCGACAAAGGAAGCCGAGCGGGAGGGAGAAGCAACGGACAAGGCUAGGAUAAGGGCCAAGGGGGCGGAGGCCAGGAGGCAGACACAAGCCGUGAGAGACCGCCAUAGAGAAGCAUUUAUGCAAAACGCCUUCUUCCCUUAA